AUGAAAAUUGACGCGGAGUUGAACAAUACAGUGUGGAGGGUGAGACCUGAAGAAGUACUGGUUGAAGUGGCGACGGGGCUCGGAACUAGUCCAGCGCUGCAUAGCAUUAAUGAAGUACUUAAGUUAUCUCUCGGCUGGAAUAUCCGUAAUACAAGUUCAUCAGUCGGCGGCCCGUCUCUGACCUUAUCUUCGUUCACGGUCGGACUUUACAAAGGCAACAGAGUGGCAGUGAAAAAGAUACACCGGAAGAAAUUGGAUUUGAAUAAGAAACUCCUUUGGGAGAUCAAACAGGCACGCAACGUUUCCCACGAGAAUACGGCGCGUUUUAUCGGCGCUUGUGUUGACUGCCCUUUAGUGUUCAUUCUCACUGAGUACUGCCCUAAAGGAUCUCUGAAGGAUGUCCUCGCGAAUGAGGAAUUACAGCUAGAUUGGAAUUUCAGGACCUCGCUUGUACACGAUAUUGUUCAGGGCAUGUGUUAUCUACAUAGUGGUCUGGGCGCGCACGGCAAACUUCGCUCCUCAAACUGUCUAAUCGACGGGCGAUUCGUGCUCAAAAUAUCCGACUACGGACUUAACACAUUAUGCACACCCACAGACAUGAUAAAAGACGACUCCUACUAUUACAAAUUACUCUGGACGGCCCCCGAAUUAGUAGCAGGGAGCGUGUAUCCUGGGAUUGUCGCGUCCCUCAAGGGUGACGUCUAUAGCUUCGGGAUAAUUUUGGAGGAAAUAGUUUUGCGAGCUGGACCUUUUCAUCAUUAUACUGCGACUAUGUCUUACAAAGAAAUAGUAUCUCGUGUCUGUGCGCACGAGUGUCCCACGUUUCGGCCAGUGGUAGAGCUGACUGAAGCCGCUGCUGGUGGGGGAGGAGGUGCAGCUACGGAGCUGUUGGAAUUGGCUGCACGCUGUUGGGUCGAAUCACCAGAUGAUAGACCUAAUUUUGACACUAUUAAUGCUAAUUAUAUCAAAGGCUACUGCGACAAUCUGAUGGACGACCUCCUAAGCCGUAUGGAACAAUACGCCAACAACUUGGAAUCUCUCGUGGAGGAGAAAACUGAGCAGUUGUCUCUGGAAAAACGACGCUCUGAAGAGCUUUUAUACCAGGUCUUACCGAGGCCAGUGGCUCAGCAGCUGAUGGCUGGAGAAGUGGUCCAGCCGGAAAGCUUCGAAUGCGUGACUGUGUACUUCAGCGACAUAGUUGGGUUCACGGAACUCUGCGCCGCCUCCACUCCGAUACAGGUCGUUGAUCUUCUGAACGACCUUUACAGCACCUUCGACAGGAUCAUCGGGUUUUACGAUGUUUACAAGGUGGAAACAAUAGGCGACGCGUAUAUGGUGGUGUCAGGGUUACCGGAACGUAACGGAGAUCAACACGCGAGGGAAAUCUGCUUGAUGGCCCUCGCAAUUGUCGAGGCAGUCAGGACUUUUGUCGUCCGUCAUCGUCCCACGCACCGUCUUGAGGUUAGGAUAGGAAUACACUCUGGUCCAGUCUGCGCUGGCGUGGUGGGUGUCAAAAUGCCGCACUAUUGUCUCUUUGGGGACACUGUUAACACAGCUAGCCGUAUGGAGUCGACGGGUCAACCGCUUCGAAUACAUCUAAGUGAGAGUACGCGGGCCCUUCUGGAUCAAUGGGGAACAUUCGUAGUAGAACGGCGUGGCGACGUCGAGUUGAAGGGGCGUGGGCGCAUGUUAACCCAUUGGCUGGUUCACUGCUCAGAACCAGAAGCACGUCAUGUACACGAACCGCAGCCGCCCCCUCAGUACCCCAUUUUGUUCCCAGCCAUACAACCUCCAAUUCUACACACACCAUAUCUAGUAGUUGAGCCGCCAACACUUGCUGCUUAG